AGAUAGUUCUGGACUGAGCUUCCACACAACGGGAAUCGGCUGUUGGAAGUCUCGUCGGAUCAAUACCCACAAGAUAGAGAGGAAUUCGUGAGAUGUCAGGACCUUCUCAGUCUCGUGCAGCUCUGCUUUUACAUCAGCAGUUGAAAGAUCUGGUCAAGAAGCCUCCAGAGUUUUUCUCAGCUGGGUUGUCCGAUGAUUCCAACAUCUACGAAUGGGAUAUCUGCAUCACAGGGCCUCCCGACACGCUCUAUGAGGGGGGCAUCUUUAACGCGAAGCUGAAAUUCCCGGAGAGCUAUCCCGACAGACCUCCCAAGAUGAAGUUCAUCACACCCAUCUGGCAUCCAAAUGUUUACCCCAAUGGGGAUGUCUGCAUCUCAAUAUUGCACGAGCCCGGUGAAGACGCGACAAACCCGCAAGAAUCAGCUUCGAUGCGCUGGAACCCGAUCCACACGGUGGAAACCAUUGUGAUCAGCGUGAUCUCAAUGCUAUCAGACCCUACGGAUGAAUCUCCCGCGAACCUCGAUGCUGCUAAGGAACUCCGUGAUGACUACGCGACGUACAAGAAGAAAGUUGCUCGAUGUGUCGCACGAUCUCUCGACGGAGAGUGAAGUCAAUUCUAAUGCAAGUUUUCGACAAGUGAUGUACCCAAUAUCCUUGGAUUACACAGGACAGGGACAUGUUUCAAUCAGCCAUGACUUUUUCCUAAUUCUCCUCUCUUUCUGUGUG